CUGAAAAAGCACAUAAAUACAAAAAAAAAGAUGUCGCGUAAAGAAAACGUGUCAGAGAGCGGGGAAACUCUUGCAGUUAUUAGAGAAGAGCAACUGUCACCUACUUCUUCAUCAGUAAAAUUGGACGCCAACGUACAGAAGAAUGGCCAGUCAACAACCCGAUGCCAAUGUCUUACACAGAAGAAACAAAUACCCCAAGGUGAUGUCGAUGAAUUACUGAAGGACCAAGAAGAAAGUUUAAGAAAAGAAUAUGAAAAAAGAUUAGACCGAGAGAUUCAGAGUUUGAAGGAAAGAUUUGAUUUUAUUUUGGAAAAUGAACAGAUCCGAACAUCGUACAUGCUAGGUGAAGCGUACAGAGAAAGGAAGGAAAAGAUUAGCGCGUUACAAACGCAGCUUGAAUGCAAGAACCUCGCGGGACUAAUGUACGUUCUUUGCUCAGAGAGAAGAAAAACCAAGCUAGAGAAGAUGCAGAUGGCACAAGAAUAUACAAAAUACAUCGACGUGUUGCAAGAGACGUUAAUCGACGCGCAAGCGCUCAUACUGCGUCUCGUUAACGGAUAUAAAACCGGAUCCAAACUCGAUGAAAGUUGGAGAAAUAAAAUGAAAGAAGUCAUAAAAGAGUACCAAUGUUUCGUGAACAAUUUCAUUAACGACACGCCUGAGAUGAAUCAAUACUUCUUCGAUAUGGCAAAACUUAUCGAGACUGAAUUACCGGUAUUCAAACCAGUCGAUGUUGAUUCUACAAUAUCUGUUGCGGAACCGAAAUUAAGCGAAAUUGAACGACCCGAUGACAGGCCGUGGUUCGACAUGCUGGAAGAUAGUAACGCACCAUUCGUGAUGUACGGUGACAUGGGAGAAUUCAAACCGAAUUUACGUAGAAACGUAUUGAAAACAUUAAAAUCUGCCAAAGAACCGCCUAACGAAUGGGAAAAUUAUGUUAUCAAUGACAAGUUUGUGAAGUCUCAAUGCCCCAAUGCUGGUUUCAUUAAAGACGAGUAUCUCAAACUGUUGCCAAAACCCGGCAAAUGGGAGUGCUCCACCAUACAGACUGAAAGAGAGAGCAGUACAAGCCACCGAGUGACGCAGGCGAGCGUCGACAUCCGAGGGAAUAUGGGCUCUAUACUAAAGAUAAUUGCGUCUUCAGCGUACGGGCAGCCGGCGACGCGGGCCACCAUACUGGGCGCGCGGGACUCCAUGGAGAUCGCUUCUACUACUAAACUGCGCGAGAAAGUCAGAAAUUCAGGACAUAGCAAAGUCGUCAUAAACAUUGGUAAUAAACGAACUGCAAAAUUUGACGAUUAUCCAGAAAUAAGUCAAGAUUAUUCCGAAGAAGUGGAAACAAUGCCCAGACAAGAAGUAUCACAAGUUGAAGAAGAUGAAAUCAUCGAAGAAUCGUUUUCAGCUCUGGGGAGUAUUCAUAACGACAGCAUGCACGUUAUCCCGAGCCACGUGCCGGAUCAAGACGCCAAGAUUAACUAUGAAAAGGUAUGUCCAAUGGAGGAGUGUCAGAAGAUGCAAGUGGACUCGUUCAUACGCUCGCUGCCGCCGUACAUGCAGGCCAGCCCCUACAUGCACUUCGAGAACACAUACGAGCAGUAUGUACCCUUCACUCCCGAACAAUUGGAUAUAUUAAGACAGCGUAUAGAGAGCAGGAAAAGGAGGUCCAGACAGGAUGUGAUGGCUGGCGAGGAGUCUCCGCUGCAGGAGUGGGACGAGAGGAGCAACUCCGUGGCCGCGCAGACCUCCGCCUUCACGCUGCCGCCUUGCACCUGCCCUGUUGACACUGUUGAGGAAAAAGUGCAUGGAAUUGUUUAUAACGUUGAAGACUUAUUGCCUGUGAAGAGAGCUAUAAACGAAAUCAACAAGAAAUUCUUCUUCGACACAACUAUUGAGUUCAAUAGGUUCAAAGUGGUUGGACAGAAUGGUGACAACAGCACACACACGAUGGAAAAGAAAAAAGAUAACAGAUUGUUUGAAAUACAAAACAUGCUCAGGAAACGGCCGAGCUUGUGCGACAUGUUUCCUAACAACGCUCAUUAAACAACAAUUACAUCAAGUUCUGUUAUAAGGUUCCCUUUAUCUUGUAAAGUACGUUAUUUCAACCUUAACUUUGUACAAUCGGGGAAACUGUCGGUGUUUCUUAAUAGCUACGUUUGAACAUUUUAGAAUGAAACGCGGAUUAAACAACACUUAUCUGUCUAUAGGAAAAAAAUAUUGAUACGCGCUCAGUUUAUUUUUAUUAUUAUACUUUCGUUUACUCACUACUAUUUAGUUAUUUGUAAAAGCGGAGAUUGUCUCGUUGCAAUGAACGAGGCAAUUUUUCCAAAAGUGGAACACUGCUGAUUUCCGCGAUUGUACAUAUAGUUAAUUCACAGGCGUCGUCAGAUAAUGGACAAAGUAGGGAACAGCUGUUCUUUCUUUCUUCUGUUCUUUCUUUUUCUUUAGAUUAUUAAAUAAAGCGAAAAACCCUUUGUUAUGAUUUUCUUAAAUAUAAUAUAAAUACAAAAGUAUCUUUGCAAAUUGUCGCUUGUACUUUCUUAUUGAAAAUUUGUCGAAGUAUAAUUAAACAAAUUACAUUAGUUACAUUGUUUAUUUAAAAGGUUUUGAAAUAUAUAAAAGAAACCAACAAUUGUUGCAGUUUUAUAUUUUUGUAAUAUUAACAAAAUAAAGUAUAAUC